GUUACAGCCUCAGUCGGAAUUUGGAGGCAGGAGCACUGACUCGGGAAUGGUACCCAGCGGCCCAAUCGCAACAUUGCCCAACGCGCGCACGUAUGAAGGGUCGAUAUUCAUUAGCUUAGUAGACAGUAGAUAGCUUCAGCUCUCGCUUGCAAAGAAAGAUGAAGACACACAGCGCGGACGCCCUCACUCGGCGCCACUCGCUGCCGCUGGCACGGCCACGACCUCUCCGAGUGGCGGUCCGGUGUACCUCUGAAGCUCCCAAGCCUGCUCCUCAAACUGUGCGGGUGCAGUUCAGCGUGCACUAUCGGGCGCACCGCCAUCAAAUCCUUUGCAUCGGCGGUUCAGCGCUGCCCCUGGGCUGGUCGUUCCUCUCAAUCGCGAAAAUGCCCAUGGCAUGGAACGCCAAUGACAAGUGGACCUGCGAGGUCGAGUUCGCGCCAGGGCAACGGAUAGAGUACAAGUAUGUGGUGCUGGAGGAGCAGGAAUGGACAAACCUCGCGGAUAAGUACGCUCAGGGCUAUGUCGAGGUGCCCUAUCGGACCGUCGCGGACCCAGGGCGGGCUCCGGACCCUCGCGAAAUCGUGGCGAUGGCGAUUGUGGCCUGGCAGCCGGGGCCCAACCGCGUGCUGCACGUACCAUCGGAGGACGAAAUCAAGCGCCUGGAGACAAAGCCGGGGCCAGCACCUCGCGAACGCAACCAGGGAACAUUUGAAACGUUCACGAUCGACGACGGCGGGAGACCCUUGUUAGUGAAGGACGACGUGUGGGGCUGGCCUUGAGCGAGCCCCACACGCCUCGACGCGCCACACCUUAGCCAGCCACCCCGUGCAACCAGAUGCACGGGGUGGAGUUGGCGAGUGCAGCCAGGACUAAGCCUCAACCCCGCAUACAGCCUCAGAGCGCCCGGCCCGCACAGCUGCCUCUGCACAGCACGAUGCCUGGCGCCGCGCGGCCUCUGCUGACUGACUGCCAAAUGCAGUAUCUCGCAAACUCGCCGCUGCGGCACAUGCCACUGCGGCGGUUUCUCGGCUCUCCAUUGUGCCUUGACUAAAAUAAAUACAGCAUGUCGCGUUGGUCAAUGGGCGGCCGGGCGCGAGGCAGCUCAGGUGCUGGAAAUGCGUGCGGUGGGGGGUCUGCAGCAGCCACAGGAGCCUCUGUCCUUGGGGCGUGCAGUCAGUCCUGGCAGCAGCUCCGCUGAAGCAGCGUCAAGCAACCGUUCUGGAUCAGCCUCAUCCCCUCUAUUGCCGUCCCUGUGACGCCUCGGCCGCGCCCGACGCAAGCGCGUGCGGCGCGGUCGAAGCGCCUUACGCAAGCAGCACGAGACGACCUCGGAGUUCCGCCCUCAGCCCACGGCCGCCCCCGUGGCGAGGGAAAUUGUGAAGAAGCAAGGGCCAGCAGGAGUCGUCGAAGGUGGUGUUGAGCAGUGGUGGUGGUGGUGGCGGUGCGUGAAAAGCAAGGAGUUGUAGCCGAUGGAAGGGAAGGAAGCGUGCUUAAGGCACUGCAGCGUACGUGGAGCCCGUUGGGGGAGCUGUGUGCGUGCGGGUGAACAGGCAGGCACGCUACGCAUCCGACGUGGCUCCGGUCUUUGCACGCAGUGUCAGCACGCCGGUAGAGCUGUGGCAGCAGGGUUCUGGGGUGGCCAGCUGCAAGCCACAGCCCUUUCGCUUGUCUGUGAGGUGCCUGGAAAGUUAAGCACAGUUGUCAGCCAGCAAUCAGCGAAGAGUUACGCGUGUUGCCAGCCGGCGUGCGUUGGGAGAGUAAGCUCUGUGGUCAGCGCAUGUGGGUGCUCGGAGCUGGCGGCGUGAAGACUACUAGUAACAUAUAUUAUGUACAAUGCCUUUCAAGGAUCCAGAGAUUGAAUUGUGUGGUGAGGCCUGCUCGCGGGCUUGGUUUUUUCGGUGCGAUUCGCGUGUGCCUCUCGUCGCGUUUCGCUGCGCUCCGCUGCGGCGGCCUCGUUGCCCGCGUCCUUGAGAUGUGCGGUGCUGCGCUGAUAUGGCAGGGUGCCGAGAGGGCCUCAUGUGCCUGUCGCCCGCAUGCUGGUGUCUCCCGCUGCCGGCCUACGGGUAUUCCGGUGUUAAUGCGGAGACGAGCAGGUUCGGGAAGAAGUGCCGUACUUUGGAUUCCGCGCCUGCUGUGCGCGCCCUUUGCGUGUUUCUGUCUCGUAUCGUGUAUCUCUAAUUGUAAUUUCUGUGUGUGUGCGUGUUGCGUAUGUGUGGCUGUAUGUCUCCGAUGGUCAGUACUUGGCUGGUCUGGCUGGGCCCCGACCAAUUUUGUGCCCCUAGCACUUCGUUUUCGGGGCUGCGACGGGGACGACGCUGCGGUGUGCCCGCGCCCAUGUGUUGUUCACGUGGUUGAGGGUUUUUCCUGCAGCGCCGGUGGCUGCCAAUUUUGCGGUCGCGGGCUGCGCGUGUGGAUGCGAAUUGAUUCUGCCUCGAGAUUGCCGGGUUGCGCCUGCAACCGGCGACGGAACCUUGUAUGAAGUACACUGCGGAUUGUGUGAAGUAUUGAGGUGGUGGGCGCCCCUGCGGCUGACCUCUGGCACACACGCUGUAAUGCUGUUUUGCU